UUUUACAACUAACUGGACCGAUUACACGGAAACUGACAAUAAAAUAAACAUGAUAGAUACUGCAUUAGAUUACAUUGAUAAUUUUGUACUUGGCUCAAAAAUAUCAUGAAAAGAGAUACCUCGAUUAAAAAAAUAAGUACAGAAAAAGAAAACAUUACCAACAACGUCAAUGAAUUACGAAAUAAUGUCCUGCUACCAUUAAGUAAUAUAAUUAACGAUAAACAAAAAGAAUUGGAAGAAUUACUCCGAGUUAGCGAAAACUUAAUAAAAAUUAUGAGAACUUAUAACAAUUCGUUUGAAACAAGUGUUAAAGAAAAUAGGUAUAAUGAUACGAACUCAACUAUAUCUAUUUACAACUUUGAAAUAGCGCCGGAGUUAGAAAAUGAAUUUAGAAGAAGCGACAAGAAUUUACUUCAGAAAUAUUUAUUAAAACUGAAACGAGAUAUUUAUGAGGUUAUAAGAGAUAUUGCUGGUAUACAAAAACUAAAAGGAGAAGCGCAUAUUCCUGUAGACUUAAAAAUAUUACUGCGUGCCAUGAAACGUUACGUACGAAACCAAGCUAAAUUGAAUUACAAAGAAAAGAAAUCGGAUGUUGAAAACCUAAAUAGUCGACGUACGCCUGCCGAUACAAAGAAUGAUGCAACUAAAAAAACCUUAGUUACUGAAAUGGUUAAUAUUUUAAAAGUUAUUGACAAAAAUUUGCCUGAAAGUAACGCAUUGGCUUCCCUUUCGCCAACAUCAAGAAAAAUUAUUCAAAGAGUUAUUAAAAACAAUUAUAUAGACGAAUUCUCAGUAAUAGGACUGAGAGUAUUUGACCCAGAAUACAAUUUAACCAAUGAUAUAAAGAAAAUUGGUACUGAAUGGCCCAGAAUGACAGAUAUUGUAGCACAAACCCCAAUCCACGAUAGAUUACAUGCCAUGAAACUACUGCAUCUCAUAUUAUCAAUCGAUAUCACCAAAAUGAACGAUGCACUGGCAUUAUUAGACUUUGCUUAUAACCGAAGAAUGAUAUUAAUAGAAGGUAACUUAGGUGGAGAAAUUAUGGAUAGAAUAAACAAAGGGCUGAAAGCAAUAAACGAAAAAGUCAAAGUUAUCAUAAAUUUACAUAAAAAUAGACAAAUCAAGAACCUGAAGAAUGUGGAAGUGACUAAACAGGUCCAAAAAGAAUCAUUUUUAAAGAAGCUUAAAAAGAUAUUAAGAUCGUCCAAAAACGAUAUCGUUGGCUUGUUAAAGAAAAAGGUGCCAAAGAAAGAGAUAGUAAAAGGAUUGGCAAAGAAGAAGAUUGAUGAACUUACCAGGCGGAGAUAUAUGGAAUUUGAGGACACCAUGAGGAAAUGGCAAAGUAAAUUGAACUUAGUUCCGAGAGAUAAAAGAUUCGCACGAGAUGACAAUUAUAAAAGUCAUAUGAAAAACAUACUUCCUAAGUAUUUAAGGGGUAAAGUUAAACCAGUUAUAGCUGCGAAGAAGUCCAAAACACGUGAAAAACAAAAAAAGCAUUCUAAUACCGUUACAACUACAACGAAAUCAAAAUUAACUGCAAAUCCGAAUACGUCUAAAUCACGUACAAAUAUAUAAUUUUACUAGUAAAUGUUAAUUUUAACCUUCAUUUAGAUCUUUACU